GGGGGUGGCAACCCAGCGAGGCUGAGGGCGUUGAACGGGUCUUAGCUGUUCCUAGGAGUAUAUAUACAGAGUGGUGCGGGUCCUCGGUCUCACUUCUCCGUGGCGUUCACUUCUGAUACACUCUGCCAGCAUGCGUCACUUCGUGGUCUUGGCCGCCCUGGUGUUGGCUGUCUGCGUCCUGGCUCCGUCACACGCCCAGCGUCCCAAAUAUCCCGGUGUUGGUGGAAUUGGCGUCGGCGGUAUCCAAGGAGGUGGUCUUCAUGGCGGUAAAGGUGGAAGUUUAAUAGGCGGCAUAGGGCCUGGAGGCGUCGGCAUAGGGCAUGGAGGCGUCGGUGGAGGUAUAAUCGGCGGCGGCAUUAAGCCUGGAGGCCUCGGCAUAGGGCAUGGAGGCGUCGGCAUAGGGCAUGGAGGCGUCGGUGGAGGUAUAAUCGGCGGCGGCAUUAAGCCUGGAGGCCUCGGCAUAGGGCAUGGAGGCGUCGGCAUAGGGCAUGGAGGCGUCGGUGGAGGUAUAAUCGGCGGCGGCAUUAAGCCUGGAGGCCUCGGCAUAGGGCAUGGAGGCGGCGUCAACCCACUCCUAGGACAGAGCUUAGCAGGACUAUCAUUCGGUCAAGGAUUCUUCACCCCGCAGAACUUCCCCAACUACGUGCGCGGCUACAACCAGCUCUACAUCAACAACCCCGGUGACGGCUACGGAGGCUGCAGGUACUGGUGCAAAAGCUACUACCAGAACCAGUACUACUGCUGCUCCCAGCGCCUCAGCGGUCGGUAAGGGACGAAUGAGGAGGAUAGAAAUAGCUUUAGCUACUCUAUCCCUUUGAGAUGUGUUUUAUUGUCUUAAUAAACGUAGUUGAACUUGAAGGGACGAAUUCCUGUCACUUUCCACCUGCGAGUCUAAUUACAUGGUUACGGAUCACUAUCACAGAAAAUAUCAAUACGUUUUCUUAAAAUAUCAGCAAAUUUACAUCAAAUAUCAACCAAUAUGUCUAAAUUAUCAAAACUUCAUGUAUGUAAUAAAGUUUGUGUGUAUUACCAAGUUUGUGGCAAAUAUCGAGAGUUUAGCCAAAAUAUCAACAAAUUU